AUGGUGCAUUUCCCCCAGAAUCGGUUUGUUAAACUAGAGACUACCGCUCAGAUAGUUCUUCAACUAGGGGAUGGUGGUAGCCCCGCAGGCCAAACCUUGGUAAAUGAAACUGCCUGCAAGCUGUAUGGGUUCGCAGUAGAGAUCUCCGACACCGGAAGAUACUUUCGAGACCAGCACGGAUUCCGUGAUGAUGGCAUGCGCGAGGUUAUGGGAGCAACUGAGCUUGAAAACCAAGUCGAUGGGGUUCUUGAUGAGUCGAGACAUCAUGAAUAUCAAGCUUUCUCAUGCAAUAAAUGUGACUUUCAACUUAGCCGAGGUAAUUAA